AUGUCGCUGGAUGUGCUUGCAGCUUGCACCUGUGUACAAGAAUUGAAAGAAAGAUGUGGAUUUCAAUUGAUAGCUCCACAGCGUAGUCCACAAACAUACGUCUCUUAUAUCCUUGAUGAUCCUGAUUUUGGGAGAAUGGCAUAUACAAUCUCCAUACUGCUGAUGUUUUCUCUAGUGAUUUUGCUACUUAUGUUACGGUCUAUUAAAAGAUCAUCCUCAACGGUGCAAAUGGAAGCCCUGCUUGAUGCAAUGCGUUUUCGCGAAGAACUCGAUUUACGGGAAAGGCAACGGCGAAGGUUAAUGAAGGCGAAAACAAAGGUGACAGCAUGGUUGACUCGCACAAAUGGCGGUGAGUUCCGAGGUUGGAGAAGUAGCCCUGCACUGAUGCAGCAACGGCGAACAACAAGCUCCACCAUCUCCGAAAUUCCACGAGUUGUGGUGACGGUAGCAGAAGGAAGGAAUGAUAGACCCAAAACUCCGUGUUUGUCUCUUAUGUACGACUUUACGGAGGAGCACAACGAGCAUUCAAUACCCUCGUCAAGAUGUUCAAUGAGCUUUGAUACAGAAGCUACUGCAGAAGCCACUAGGCCUCUUAUCAGCAUGCAAUCACCUUCGCUCAGUUUAGAGUCCUAA